UUGACGGUCUCAGCUCCGCAAACGAUGUGGGCGAAAGUCGAGGACUCGUCUGCUGGAGGAGGCCGAAAGUCCAUAAGAGCACGAUGGGAGCGUGUGUGUGCAAAAAGGAGUGCCUUCCACUUUAUCCUGCUGCGGCUUUUGAGAUCGAGCGGACAACUUGGGGCCUUUGUGAGGUGCCGUCACACAGUGGGCCGAAAGGACUCUCAAAAUUCACAGUUAUCAUAG